GAUCACAGUGCAAACAAAUUAUUCCUGGUGAUUCCUUCCGGACAGAGCAAGGCGUACUACAUCCAUAUGGCCAUGUACAGUGAUGUACAUGCCAGAGCACGAAGCAGAAGCAGUCGCGAAGCAGAAGCAGCAGAGUACGCGGUCAUUCACGCCCGAGUGCUCGCUCGCGCUCGUGCCACGCUGACGAAUCCUGGAUCCUGGUUUGAGCUGGAGAAAACGCAGACUCUAAACACCUGUCCACGUCCUGGAGCUGUACUCGCGGCCAAGAGGUCACAGUUGGCGCGUGGCUGCACUGCCGUUUCCAAGCUUUGCCAACCUCCAUUGACCCGUUGCACGCUGAUACCGCUACGGACCGUUCCAGACCAAUCUCUGUCUUUUGAAAAUUUCGAGCUCGAUCGUUUCGGCUAGGGAAGUGAAGUGAGUGGGCAGAGACCACGUAGCGAUCACAAUAGUGGUCUUGUGUGUUGGCUGGCAACUGUGGUGGUGGUUUGGACCGAGGCGAAGGCAAGAUUCCCAGCUAGCCCUCUGUACUGGUGCCAGGGUUUGCUGGAGUUGGCCGAUCUACUCCAAGCAUCACGCUUAGUGGUGAGCAGGACGGUGCUGGACAGGACUUGCAUGGUGAGGUACUGCAAACGCUACGUUCGUUCAAAUAAUUGAGAUCAGAGCACUGUGUGGGUGAUGGCUACAUCCAUUGUGCAUGAGAGCGACGUCACCAUAACAAGCAGGAGUAGAGGACUCCGCUCAACCAGAAGCAGGCAGAGAUGGCUACAGCUUGUUGUACGAACAGACACAAACCUUCCCUGCCUCAACAUCUGUAAGCAAAACGAUCACAAGAAAGUGAAAGAGACCAUACCGCUGUACAAAGACAGCACUCGGAUCAACACGUCGUAUCUGCGCCAGGCAAACGGUGAAGCAGUUUCCAAAAACAACCGGGAAUACAUUCUAUCGCUGACCCUGCUCUCCCAGAACGAAGCCGACCGUGACUACAUGAUGAAGAUUCCGUCUCUGUUCCAACUUGAGCAGUGGAUGUCAAAGUUAAAACAGCUCAUCUACACCGACCGGAACUGGUUCAGCUGUCAGCGUCGUCUUGACGACAGUAACCACGACCAAGACGUACUGCUGGACGUCAACGUGGCCACGUGUCACAUGCUGAUCAUCGACCCGCUGGUGAGCUCGCACGACGCCACCGGGAAGGCGCACAACCUGCUGCACCUGAGGGAGUUUGGCGCCGAGCGCGAUCACAUCACCAUCUACUUCCUGCUGUGCUCGUCCUGCGCGGCGCCGCACGACGAGGUGUUCCUGCGCACCACACAGGAGAACGUCAACCGCGUCCUGUCGCAGGUGCAGGCUAUGCUUGAGUGCAUGCUGGGCGCGGCGCAGGUGGAGCGCAUGCCCUCCAGCAAGUGCAGCUAUCUGGUGCGGCACGCCUGCGACGUCAAGCCACCCAUGCCCACACGGCUGCCCCCGUCCAGCCCCAACAGCGGGCGCGCGCAGGCCCCUCCACCGGGCCGGCGUCCGGAACUGCCGUCGGACCUGAAAGCCGACAUCAACGGCGGAAAGCAACGCCUUCCACCGCAGAGGAAGAAGAGCACCCGCCUGCCGCAGAUUGACAGGAAGCAGCCGCGACGCUCGGGACCCAGUGACUCGCGUACUCUGCCCCUGGAGCCAUCGCAGCCCAUGCCGCCACCGAGAACGGACGUUGGGACGCUGCCGCCGUCGUUUCCACCUCUGCCUCCGCCGUCCAAGUCCGGCCCGUACUCUCAUUCCGCCAUUGUACAGCCAUCCCUGUCGACGCCCCCCUUCCGGCACCGCAGUGAGGACACGAGCGAUAGCGGCAACGGCAGUAGCGGCUCCAACCCUCCUUUCUCUCUACCCUCGUCGUCGUCAUUGUCGUCAUCGUCCUCACACCACCACCCUCACGUUCCCAAUAGUCCCCGGCCGCCGGUCCGCCAAGCCAACUCAUGGGAGUCGCCCGGCUCGACCUCGGGAGGGGAUUCCCCUCAGUUUACACGACAUCUACCGCCCAUUGACCACGCGCCCAGCAAGCCCACACCACCGCCCGUCACUCGCAAUCAUAACACGGCGUCAAGCAGCGGUGGCGGCGGCAGACUUCCUUCGAGCGGCGGAAUCAGUUCGGCGGCACGCCUGCCCAGCAGUAGUGGUGGUGGUGGUGGUAGUGGUAUGCAUGGUGGUGCUAUGCAUGGUGGUGCUAUGCAUGGUGGUGCUAUGCAUGGUGGUGGAGGUGGUGGUAUGCACGGUGGUGCUGUGCACGGGCAUGGCCAAUCGCCAUCCUCUCGUGCCUUUCCUUCCCCGCCUACGCCAGUAUCCGCUCCGGCAUUACCACGCCAACGUCCGCCCACACAGCUACCGUCCCUGCCCGGGUCACUGCCGGCGGGGGACUUCAUGCCAGGAUUACCUCCACCACCGCCGGAAUUCGACCAGGACUCGUUUGACACGGAUUCGCCGAGCUCUUCCCGACGCCAGUGGCCUCCGCCGCGCUCGUUGCCCAAUCCCCGCGGUCGUUUUGCCUAGGAGUGUGUGUGUGUGUGUGGGGGGGGGGGGUGUUUGUGUGUGUGUGCGUGUGUGUGUGUGUGUGUGUGUGUGUGUGUGCGUCCGCUCCCAUCACAUAUACCACAGGACUUACAGCCAUGGACUAAAAAACAGUUCUUUUUCUUGUUAGCUACAAACCCUUUAGGUCGAACUGAAUAUAGCAGGCACUUAUCUUGAUGAUCGUGGAGCGGUGCUGUUAUCAAAUUUCAACAGCCCUCCUAAAGUAUUUUUGUUUUGCCAGAAUUUUGGUCGUCUUCGUUAUCUAUCCUUUUCAUGUUUUCCUCGUUUGUAUUAUUUUGUUUCAAAUUUCGAUCUUGAUAGUGGCGUUGGUGAGAUGAGCUAGUGGCACUUUCAUUCAUUUUAGAUCACGUUGUGGUAGAGCAGUCCCUCUCACUCUCUCCAUGCAGAUCAGCAUCUUGACAUCUAUCCUUGAGAGAUUUUCUGCCCCCUCUUCUCAUUUGUCUUCCCCACGUCACCAUGUUUGCUUACUGCCUGGCGAAACUGAAGCUGUGGAGCACAGUGAGUCAAGGCAUUGUCUAGUAACUGUUGGUUUUUACCCUGCACAGUUCUAAGUUGUAGCUAAUUUGACGACAACAAUGCAAUCGGUUCUUUCCGUCAAGGAAUGAAAGCACCGAGUGCUUUUGGUGUUUUCUGUUUGA